AUGGCCGGGGCGGGAUUCUGGGGCCCACUGGCCUUGCCCCCCAGUCGGCCUUUUUCGAACUACCAGCCCUUCGAGCCCCGGGAGUGGGGUCUCAGCUCCAGCUGGCGGCUGACCAGCUUCUCCGGCAUGAAGGGCUGAGGCUGCAAGGUCCCGCGGGAGGCGCUGCUCAAGCUCCUGGCGGGACUCGGGCGGCCCCGGGUGGGCGGGCGCCGCGAAGAAGGGGCCCGGGAAGCCGCGGGCCCCACCUGCCCAGCCCUGGGCAUCGGGCUGGACUCUUGCGUGGUCCCCCUGAAGCAUGGGGGCCUGUCGCUGGUGCAGACCACCGACUUCUUCUAUCCCUUGGUGGAAGAUCCCUACAUGAUGGGGCGCAUAGCUUGUGCCAACGUGCUGAGCGACCUCUACGCCAUGGGCCUCACGGAAUGUGACAACAUGCUGAUGUUGCUCAGCGUCAGCCAGCGUAUGAGUGAGGAGGAACGGGAGAAGAUCACGCCCCUCAUGAUCCAAGGCUUUCGGGACGCAGCUGAGGAGGGAGGGACCACAGUGACAGGCGGGCAGACAGUGGUCAACCCUUGGAUUAUCAUCGGAGGAGUCGCCACCGUGGUGUGUCAGCCGAAUGAAUUCAUAAUGCCUGACAGUGCGGUUGUUGGGGACGUGCUGGUGUUAACCAAACCCUUAGGAACUCAGGUGGCUGUCAAUGCCCACCAGUGGCUGGACAAUCCUGAAAAGUGGAGCAGGGUGAACACGGUGGUAUCCCGGGAAGAGGUGGAGCUGGCCUAUCAGGAAGCCAUGUUCAACAUGGCUACCCUCAACAGAACUGCGGCCAGCUUAAUGCACACGUUCAACGCCCAUGCGGCCACUGAUAUCACGGGCUAUGGCAUUCUUGGACACUCUCAGAACCUAGUGAAACAGCAAAGAAAUGACGUGUCCUUUGUCAUUCAUAAUCUGCCCAUCAUUGCCAAGAUGGCUGCCAUCAGCAAGGCCACUGGGCAGUUUGGGCUCCUUCAAGGAACCUCAGCUGAAACCUCUGGGGGAUUACUGAUUUGUCUGCCCAGAGAACAGGCGGUUCACUUUUGUUCUGAAAUCAAAUCUUCUAAGUAUGGAGGGGGUCAGCAAGCAUGGAUAGUUGGCAUUGUAGAAAAGGGAAAUCGGACGGCCCGGAUCAUCGACAAGCCUCGAGUUAUUGAGGUCCUACCUCGAGGAGCAACUGCCUCUGUCCUUACCUCAGUGCUUCAGAACCCAGCUCAUGAGAUGAAAUGGCAGAAGCUGUUUGGACCUUAG